AAUGAAAUGUUCCAUAAACUAUUUAUAGAGUAAUAAAUUUCCUUAUUAGGAAUAAUUAAAUAAAAAAGUGCAUAAAAGUUUCACUCAUUUUACAGCAUGUAUUUUUGGCUUUUAUUUUCUUUCCCUCCAGUCCACGGCCAAGAGGUGCAUAGACUGAUGGAGCAUGUUCUUCACUCCUCACCAUACCCAUGCACUCAAACUCAUCCAAACUCUCUCUCUCAGACUCCCAAAACCACUUUCUACUGCCACCACGAAGUUCUGUAUACAAGGCCAUGCUUCAGCUACUCUUCCUGACCUGAAGCCUCUCAACUCCAAGAUCACUAGCUACAUGGAAAAUGGGCUUGUCGAUCAAGCCCAGAAACUGUUCGACGAAAUGCCUCGGCGAAGCACCGUCACUUGGAAUGCUAUGAUCAGGGGAUAUUUUCUUAAUGGGGAUAUCGAAAACGCAAUAAAUUUGUUUGAACGAAUGCCCGAGCGUGAUGUGUUCUCGUAUAACACAACUAUUUCCGGGUUGAUGCAAUUCGGAGAUGUUGAUGGUGCUGAAGGAGUCUUUAAAGGGAUGAUAUUUAGAGAUGUUGUUACGUGGAAUUCGAUGGUUGCGGGGUAUAUUCGUAAUGGGAUGAUUGAUGAGGCGGUAUGGGUAUUUGAUGGGAUGCCAUUGAAGGAUGUGGUUUCUUGGAACUUGGUGGUUGGUGGACUUGUGAACUGUGGAGAAUUUGAUUUGGCUGAAGAGUAUUUCAAAAGAAUGACUACUUGGGAUGUUGCUUCUUGGACUAUAAUGGUUUCAGGGCUCACGAGAGCAGGAAGGAUUUUUCAAGCUCGUGAUUUUGAAGCCAUGCCUAUGGGAGAUAUCCAAGCUUGGAAUGCCAUGUUGGUUGGCUAUAUAGAACAUGGACACAUCGAAAUUGCAGAAGUUUUAUUUCAUAAGAUGCCCAAACGGAAUUUUGAUUCGUGGAUAGUGUUGGUUAAUGGGUUGGUAAAAAGUAAAAGAGUUAACAAUGCCAUGAAGCUUUUCAUUGAAAUGCCACAGAAAUGCCAAACAACAUGGAACUCAAUACUUGUGGAGUUGACGAGAAAUGGGCUCAUCAGGGAAUCUCAUGCAUUCCUGGAGAAAUUCCCUUGCGCAGAUGUUGUGUCAUGGACAAAUAUUCUUGUUGGAUAUUUCGAAAUCGGAGAGGUUGGCAGUGUGAUUAAACUCUUUGAGUUGAUGUCAGUUCGAGAUGCAACUGCAUAUAAUGUAACAAUAUUUGGAUUAGGUGAAAGUGAUCAUGGUGAAGAAGGUGUAAAAGUUUUUAUUAGAAUGAAAGAAUCAGGCCCAUCCCCAGAUGAGGCUACUUUUACUAGUAUUUUGACUAUCUGUUCAGACUUGCCAACCCUACACCUUGGUAGACAAACUCAUGCACAGGUUGUAAAAGCAGGAUUCAAUAAUUUUCUUGCAGUUUCUAAUGCCAUGGUUACCAUGUAUGCAAGAUGUGGAAACAUGGAUUCUGCUUUAUUAGAAUUCUCUUCGAUGCAAACCCAUGAUAUCAUAUCUUGGAAUUCUAUAAUCUGCGGAUUUGCUCACCAUGGGAAUGCAGAAAAAGCUUUGGAGAUGUUUGAACAAAUGAGAUCAAAAGAUGUCAUACCCAAUCAUAUUACCUUCAUCGGUGUUCUAUCUGCUUGUAGCCAUGCUGGAAUGGUGGACCAGGGCAGGUAUUUCUUUGACAUCAUGAGAUACGAGUACUUUCUUCAGCCAACGAGUGAACAUUAUACUUGUUUAGUUGAUUUGCUGGGGAGAUUUGGCCUUAUAGACGAGGCAAUCAAUAUUUUAGAUCAAAUAAGAGCAGAUGGAAUUGAAGUCCCUGCAAGUGUUUGGGGGGCAUUACUCGGGGCCUGUAGAAUCCACAAGAAUAUUGAAAUUGGCAAGAUUGCUGGGGAAAGGAUUUUGGAUGUAGAGCCUGAUAAUUCCGGUGUGUAUUUAAUUUUGGCAGAAAUGUAUCUGAGUUGUGGAAGAAGGAAAGAUGCAGAAAGAAUUUGGACCAGAAUGAAAGAAACAGGAGUCAAAAAGCAGCCAGGGUGCAGUUGGGUUGAGCUAAACAACAGUGGCCAUGUAUUUCUUUCAGGAGAUAGUUCGCAUCCCGAGUUUGAAAGGAUCAGUUCUCUCCUAGAGUUGAUGCAUAUGGAGAUAGAGACUAAAAUUUCAAAAUCAAAACUUACUUCUUCUCAGCAACUACAAACUUCACUGGUAUGUCAUGUUUGAGAUUUUAUUGUUAUCUUCUGAAAUGGAGAGUCGCUUAAAUAUAAAAUCCACCUUUCUUAGCACUUGAAAC